CCACCCCAUCCAUCAUGGUUAACCCUCCCUGUUUUUGAGUGUCAACGGUGUUUACGAGUUCAUUCACGACCAUCCGGAUCGUUCUCUGAUCCGCAUCGCACUUGAAUCAUAUGUCUCUUGAGUUGGUCAAGUGCCUGCAAACUUGUGCCACACUAAUAUCUUGCUUGGACACUUGUGUCGCCCACAACAUGCCUUGCGACACCUGGUGGCUUCUCUUGCUCGUCAGCGCCAUCGCCUUCCACGAUGUCAUCGCCUCACCAUCGCCCAUGGAUCCUUCUUCGCCCAGCCAAAAAGUCCACCGAGCUCUGGGAUGGAUCUCCGGAACAUAUUCCAUCGGACGAGAUGCUGCCACGUCAACGUUUCGCCUGAGUUUGGUGGAUGGCUACGUCAAAGCCGUGGCCCCAGAAAAGAAGAAUGUGAAACAAAGUCGCCAGUCGUGGCGGGUCUUCCGUGCCCACGAGGCUGACGAUCGCAACAUGCUGCAACACGUCGUGGAAGGAAAGUGUUUGAAAGCAUGGACCCACAAGUGGUUGAGAGCACCAAUCGUCCACGCGUUCGGCUGCGCCGCGAACGAAUCCCAUCAGCACUGGGUCAUGGAGCCGUCGUAUAUAGGGCACACGCGGAUCCAGCCUCAAAAUAUGUCCAACUUGUGCUUGACCGUGGCGCCGCCCAACAGAACAAGCGGCACGCCCCUUUUCUCUGACCCAACCCUUGAACCUUGUGCCAAAGGACGCCAAGACCAGCUAUAUUAUUUUUACCCUUAAUCUAUUAAUACUUUGACGCACAUCUCUGUCGUCAAUAUUGACUUUCCUCCGGGCCUUGUUGGUCGGUGGCUUGAAUGA